AUGCCCUCCGACAGCAACAUCCAUUACUGUACGCAGUUAGUCGUUCCAGAGGAACUCGCAGAAGAGGAAAUCCGAGCCGCCUUGCAAGAGAACCCGGAGAAUGCCAUCAAUUCUCCGGCCAUUCCUCUUGCCCUUGCAGGGGGUAUCACUCCCAACCAGCGUCUGAUACAACCCAUCAAUCGUCUGGGUUUCUAUGUAAAUAAAACCUGGAAAAACGGCCGGACCAUACGUGUGCGUUUCCUCCCCGGCACAAGUCCUUACGUCCAGGGAAAGGUCAAACAGUAUGCCAAUGUCUGGUCCAAAUAUGCCAACAUGCAUUUCAAAUUUGUGGACUCGGCUCCGGAGGAGAUUCGCAUCAGCUUUGUGAAGGGUGACGGAUCUUGGUCAGCUUUUGGUACGGACUGCCUGACCCGACCGAAAAAUAACGCCACCAUGAAUUUCGGUUGGUUUGAUGACAAGACUAGCGAUGAAGAAUUCUCCAGGACAACCAUACACGAGUUUGGUCACGCUCUUGGAUGUAUCCAUGAGAAUUGUCAGCCCAACGCUGAUAUUCAAUGGAAUAAACCAGUCGUGUACGAAUCCUACAAGAGAUCAGAUGGCUGGUCUCCUGAACAAGUCGAUUUCCAAGUAUUAAAGCACUACGAUCGCCGCAGAGACGGAGUCAAGUCUACCAAAUACGAUCGCCUGUCCAUUAUGGCAUACCCUAUCCCCAAAGAAUUCACGCUGAAUGGAUUCUCAGUUCCUUUGAACACCCACCUGUCCGCAACGGACAUUGCGUUCAUCAGUCGAAUCUAUCCAAAGCCACGGAAGACUCGCCGUUUGGGCCACGACAAUAACCCAGCUUACACUUCAAGUAGCCAAUUUGGUGUUGGCGCCUUCACAACCAUUUCUGCCGCGUCUGCUGGAAGAGGUGCGAAGGAUCACCGGACGCUUAUCCAAUUCCCUGAGUCAUAUCCCUCAGCACCAUUGAUCUCAGCCGGAAUCAGCUUUAUGGACUUUGAUAAUUCUGACAACCCACGAGUCAAGUCCCUUGUUGAAGCUGUCCUUCCAAGUCAGGCCGUGCUGAACCUUCAUUCGUCUGGUGGCGGUGGUCGUCACGAUGCUGGCAUGUCCUGGCUCCUAUGCCCACCUGGAGAUGCAGACUUCCAGUGUGGCUCGUUUACCACCAAAGCCAACAAUGCAACCCAAUCGAUUAGCUUUGAUCGUGUAUACUCUUCUUCACCCAAGGUAGUUGUGUUCUUCAGCGCCCUGGACAUUGACAAGUCUACACCCUGUCGCGUGAAGACAUACGCCUCAAACGUGACAAAGAAUGGCUUCAAGCUCCAUAUCGAGACCUGGGACAGUAGCAAGGUCUUAGAAUGCGGGGUUUCCUGGGUCGCUGUUCCAGCCAACAAAUCAGGUAUCGCUAUUGGGCCAUUUGGUGAAGAUGAAAACUUGUAUGUUAAUGACGGACUCAACAAGGUCGGUGCAGUUAAGUUUGAGCCGAGCUUUACUGAGCCUCCGAGAAUCUUUUUGGCGUUGAAUAAGUUGAAUAUUGACAGGGGCGGACAUACAUGUGUUCGUAUCUCUAGUAAUCAUGUCAUGGGAACACAGAUGGAGUGGCGCCUUGACACAUGGGGAGGCACAUCUUUUAAGGAAGCCGGUGCGAGCUUUAUUGCUGUUGGUGUUUAG